AUGUUUAUGGGUACAAAAAAGUAUCCUGCAGAAAAUGAAUUUUCACAAUUUUUAACACAAAAUGGCGGAUCUCAUAACGCAUAUACAGCGAAUGACCAUACAAAUUUUUAUUUUUCUGUUAAAACAAAAUCACUUAAACUAUCGUUGGACAUGUAAAUAUCAUACCUAAAUUUCUGUUAAUGCUUAACAUUAUUUUGUAUUAUAAUAAAUAUGUAUACUUUAAUAUGUGUGUUAAAGGUUCGCUCAAUUUUUCCUUGAACCAUUGUUCACAACAAGUGCAACAGAAAGAGAAAUCAAUGCUGUUAAUUCUGAACAUGAAAAUGGUGUUGCUGACGAUAAUCGGCGUUUAAAACAAUUGCGAAAAAAUACCGCAGAUCCAAAUCAUCCUUUUAACCAUUUUGGAGCAGGUAUUAAAGGAAAUUCUAUUAUUUUCAAAUACAUGUUGCUUUAAAAGGAUUUACUGUUUAAAAAUGGUCUAUUUAUUCGUAUACGCAUUACAUUCACCACUCUACCACGAUUCAUCGAAAUAUAAACUGCAAACGUUUAAAUUACCAUCCGUUAAAAAAAACAUUACAUUACAUUAUGCUUAUUGAACAAUCUAUAUUUAGUGGUACUAAGUGCAACUUAUAAAGAAUCUUCUAAUAUACUCUCUAGCCUUAUUGAGAAACGAAGACAAUUUUAUCACAUAAAACUAAACGAAAUGCUAUAAAUAGUAAAUAGAAAAUAGCUAUAAAUAACUAAAAAUCGCCAGAAUAAUUUGAAAAUGUUUAAAACUACCGUGCACUCCACUGUAGACAGAAUCCUAACACAUUAUAAUUACUUGUUUCUAAACAUAAACCGAUAUUUAUUCCGUUAAUCAUAUGGACAAAUAAGUAUUAAAAAUAUGUAGAUGUAGUUGUAAAUUGUGCCGCCGUUUAAUUAUUAGUAAUUUAAUUAAUAGAACUUACAAUCUAAUAUUACAUUUGUUUUUUUAAUCAUUUUUGUUAAUAUGUUAUAUUUUUCAUUUUCAAGGUAAAAAAUGUUUAUAAAACAAUUAUAGGUGCCAAAUAAUUGUACCUAUCUAGAAACCUUACUAACGCCCUGAAACGUAUUUAUAUUUUCGAUGUAUUCAAAUAUUUUUCGAAAAAAUCAGAUAAUAUGAAAGAUCUAAAAUAUUUUAAAUUUGUAGAAAUACCUUUAUAUGUAUAAAGGCUAUUAAUUUUUAUUAAGCUGUAAAUAGCUUCAAAUUGUAGCAUGAAUAAAAAAAAAAAUUUUUCUUUGUAAAAGAGUUCUCAUAUUUAUUUAUUUAUUUCUACGCCCUUUUACAAAAUUAUAUAUUAACUAACCUGUAUAAAUUUACUUAAAUAAUACUUCUUUUUCUUCUCAUUUGCCUUCAUUCCAACCAUAUUGGGGUCAGCUACUGUCGUUGGUAAUUUUUUUUACUAUUUUAGAACUAUAUGCUGCCCAUAAAUGCAUUAUUCUAAUAUUGUAAUUCUACUUGUAUAAAAAUAUUUUUCGUACAAUUUUUUUUUCAUAAUUAUGUUGGUGAGAUGAUAACAAGUACUCACCAAAGCUUAUACAUAUUUUAUUUAGCUUCAUUUAACUUUAUUUUGUUUAAAAAUUGAAUAAACAUUUUAACAGUGACGUGAUUUAAUUCCAUAAGUCUUAUUGAUGAGUCAAAUGCGAGUCUCACUUACAAAAAAAGAGAUUAGUGGAAGGUAUUUAAAGUGGCCAUCCUAAUGUUCAAUAUGGUGUUAAACUCUAAUUUUUUUUUUUUUUGAAAACAUCGAAUUUACAUACCUGAAUAUGUUAGAAAUCACAAUUUGCAAUCAAAAACAAUUAAUGAUAAAUUUUAAAUGGACAUAUUUUGAUGUAGAACCAUACACUUAUGUGUUAGACUGAUUGACGUUUUAAUUUAAUUUUAUAGGUUUGCGGUAAUAUUGAUAUGAUUUUUACCUUGGAUUCAUUUUCUCAUUAAUUUUUUUGAUGAAUUUCAAUAAUUUUACAAAAUAAACUUAAUAUUAUUCACUGUGUAUGAUUAGGUACAAAAGAAACAUUAUGGGAUAUUCCGAAUUCGAAAAAUAUAAGUGUUCGUAAACAAUUGUUGGAGUUUCAUUCAAAAUGGUAUUCGUCCCAUUUAAUGUACUUAACUGUACUUGGAAAAGGUAUUCAUUUGAAAAAAAAAAAAAAUUAUGUUAUUAAAAAAUUCGUUCAUUUUUUUUUUAUUUGAAUACAUAGAGGAUUUGAACACUUUGGAAGAAAUGGUUGUAUCUUUAUUCGGCGAUAUUGAAAAGAAAAAUGUAAAUAUACCUUAUUGGCCUGACCCAAUAUAUAAAGAAGAACAAUUGGCCACUAAAACAGUUGUAGUUCCAGUAAAAGAUAUAAGAGUAUUAUCUAUUAGUUUUCUUGUUCCAGAACAGACCAAGUUUUUUAAGAGCAUGGUAAAAACUAAUAAAUUUGGUUACUUAAUACAAUUCGUCUUGAAUUUAAUAAAAUAUAUAUUUAUUAGCCCAACAGAUAUUUGAGUGCUUUAUUUGGUCACGAAGGAAAUUCAGGUAUUUUAACAGUUUUAAAAAAGAGAGGGUGGUCUAGCAAGCUUUCAGCUGGUAAUAAAUUUGAAGCUAGGGGCAUUGAGCUCUUUGACAUUGAUGUAGAUUUGACAGAACAAGGAGUUGACUGUGUUGAUGACAUUAUUAAAUUAAUAUUUCAAGUAAUAUACUGGUAAUUUCAAAAUAUUUAUUUAAAAAAAUAAUAACCACUUUACUAUAGUAUGUGAAUAUGUUAAAACGAGAAGGACCUCAAAAAUGGUUCCACGAUGAAAAUAAAAAUAUUAGUGCAAUGCAAUUCCAAUUCAAAGAUAAAGAAUCUCCAUUAGAAUAUGUCGUUCGAUUGUCUUCUCGUUUGAUUGUGAGUAAUAUUUGUAAAUUUAUUUUUCUAAACAUUUAACAUAAUUCAAUUUUUGAUUUAUUAUGUUUAGAAGUACGGUUUAAAAGAUGUUUUAACAGCAGAAUAUAUCAUAAAGGAAUGGAGACCAGAUUUAAUAGAAAAUCUUUUGUCAUAUUUUAGACCAGAAAAUAUGAGGUAACUAUGAAUAUAAAUUUUGAUUACUGGAUUUUAAAUAAAGUUUUUCUAAGAAAUGGUUUUAAAAUACAACUAUUGAAUUAUUUUUUUUUAAUUACUAUAUAUUAGAUAAUAUAAAAUCUAGUACCCCGUAUAAUUAAAAUAAUAAGUAGUUUAAAAAUAAGUAAACCUUUAAUUAGCUUAUCAAAGGCAGGGCAACAAUCUGAUUCUUAUUGAACAAUUUUCUGUUAAAAUCUUAUCGAUAUUGAUAUAUUAAAUUAAAAAAAUUAAAUAAAAUUCAACCAAUAAUUCAGUAAAACCAAUACAUUCUUCGCUACACUCACAAUUUAAAAACAAAUAUAUAAGGUAUAACCUAACCUUGUUACGCAAUAACAUCGAAUUUUACACAGAUGAGUAGAAAUUAAAAAAAAAAAAAUUAUUUUCUAACAUACUUCGCAUCACAAGUAGGCUGCUGUUGUAAGCGGACUAAGAGGAAUGUGCGAAUUAAGGUGCUCCCUAGUCCCUGCUAACACAAGUACCAAACUGGAACUCGCAGAAUAGGAUAUCAUGAUAAUUUAUUUACAACCUUAAUCGUACCAUGGGUGGACCUUUGUUGUACACCAUUGAGGUUUGAAAAUUCAGACCACUGAGCAUAAUAUAUACAAUCAGGUGUUUAGUAACAAAUUAAUUACUGUAAAAUCAUUCUAACAUUUUUGUUAAAUUUGAACGAAAUAAAAUUUCAGAGUGACGGUUGUUUCCAAAGUAUUUCAAAACAAAACUGAUACUGUAGACAAAUAUUAUGGAACAUCAUAUUCAAUCAGUAAAAUACCAAUGGAAGUAUUAAAUGUAAUUUUGUUCAUAACUUAAAUCGUAUUAUUAACAAUCAUACUUAUUUAUUUCGUUUCCUAUGUUUAUAUUUAGCAUUGGCAAGAAGGUGAUUUAUGCAAUGAUUUAAAAAUGCCAUUCAUAAACGAAUUUAUUGCUACAGAUUUUGGUUUAGUGCCAAUUAAUACAAAUGUAAAUAAUCAAAGUAACACUUUAUUAAGUUAAUAGUAUUUUAAAUUGUGUACUUGUUUAGGAACCGGAUCAACCAUACGUUAUUCACGAAUCAUUCAUUUUAAGAAGUUGGUUUAAAACAGAUACAGAAUUCAGAGUUCCUAAAGCAUUUGUUUCAGUUGACUUUUUCAAGUAAUAUUUAAUAAAUACCUUAAUGUGUUUACGAUUGAUUUGUGUUAGUUAAUUAAUACCUACUUCAAAUGCAAACAUGUAUUUUAUCAACUAAGUACUUUAUAAUUUAUAUAAAUUAUAUAUUGCCUAAUAUUAAUUAUUCAAACAAUUAUUUUGAACAAUGAACAACGAACCAUCUAAAUCCGAUUUCAGAUCGAAACUCGUGUCAAAUAAGACUGGACCGGACCAUGUAAAGCUUUAAUAGAUACUUACUUAUAUUUCAAGUUACUUUAAUUUUUUUAAGCCAUACUGUGAUAACUAAACCAUUCCAAUGUAAUAUUAUGAAAUUUUUUAUAAGAUUGUUUGAUGACGAGUUUUUUUGACACUACACGUAGGUUGUGACUAGGACUGGUUUACAUUUAUCUUCAUGGAUUCAAUAUUAAAACUAGGAAUACAGAAUUGUCUCUGCCCAAUGCAUAUUUGUUAUAUCAUAUUGUUUUUGUAAAUAGAAACAAUACAUAUGGUUAUCAAUGUAUUAUAUGUAUCUUUAGUAAUAAUAAUAAUAUUUUUAAUUUCUUUAAUUUACAUAAUAUAUUAAAAUGAAAAACUGAUUUUAAUAGUAUUUUAUGUUAGAGCACACUAUUACAUCUAUUGAAUUUAGAUACUAUGAUACUCUAUCUUCAGUAAGAAAACUUGUUGUUAGCCAACACUUCAAUAAAAAGACAUAUGUUAUUUUAAUCAAAUUUUACUCUAAUACAUUUUAAUAAAUAUUAUUUUUAGGUUCUUGUUUUUAUUUUAAAUUACCUACUUGUAUAUUUUUUCUUCUUAGCCAUAAUGUAAUAACUGACCCAUUCCAUUGUAAUAUUAUGAGUCUUUUCGUAAGAUUGAUCAAUGACAAUAUUUCUGAGUAUACAUGGGAUGCUACUAGAGCUGGUUUACAUUUAUCCAUAGAACCAAGUAGUAAUGGGUUUAAGGUAAUAUAUUAUUAGAUAAAUAUAGUCGAAAUAAUUGUUUUAUAUUUAAAACCAUUACUUAUAGAUACUAUUAAAUGGAUUUAGUCACAAACUACAUAUUUUGUUAAAAAAAACUAUAGAAAAACUUUUAGCAUUCAAGAUCGAUCCAUUACGUUUUGAUAUUCUAAAAGAAGAAGUAAGUUGAUAUUUUUAAUAUAUUUUUUUAGUUUUAAAUUUUAAAUUAAAUUUAUAGAAAAUCAGGGAUUUAAAAAAUAUUGCUAUUGUGCAACCACAUAAUAUUGCAUUAAUCCAUGAGACUGUAAUCUUAUCAGAAACUGCAUGGACACCUGAAGAAUUAUUAUCUUCCAUUUAUGGUAAAUAAUCAUAAGUAGGUACUAUCAUUAAUCUGUACUGUGUGUUAAAACAUGUAAAUUUCAGAUGUUAACGUUGUCAAUAUUGAAGAAUUUAUGAAACAGUUUUUCUCGCAUAUGUUUAUGGAGUCAUUGAUUUAUGGUAACAUAGACAAAAUUGUAAGUAUAUCAUUUUAUUAUAAUAAAUUUCUUAACAUAAUGAAAUUUUUUUUUUAGAAAGCUAUAGAACUUAUUCAAAUAGUGGAAAAACCAUUUUUGGGCCGCGAUGGUUCUCGUAAAUUACUACCACGUCAAAUGAUAAGAUCAAGACAAGUGCAGCUUGAUGACGGUGAGUUUAAUUGUUGUUCCUUUGUGAUUGUUUUUUUUGUUUUAAAAAAAAAAAAUUAAACAACAGAAUAAAUAAUCUGGUUAUGUACUUUAUAUCGGUAAUGGUUUAUAGUUGCAAAUCAUUGAUAACAGAAAACGAGUCUGAACUAAGUUAUUUAAAAUAUAUUUUAAUUAUCUAAUUCUAAAAUACAUUUCAAUUGUCCUUGUGUUUUUUUCUAAAAUUGUUGGUCAUUUGUAUAUGGAAAUUAUAUUCUAUUAGUUUUUACAUCUUAUGUUGUGUGUGCCAAACAAAUUUAUGAUAAAAACGUGAUGGUGAAUUUGUCCUUGAAUCUGUGAAAUUUAAGAUAAAUUCCUCAUUUAUGGGCCUCGAUAAAACGUUUUUGAAUCGCGUAGAUGUUGGUUUUAUUUUUUGUAUGUGAUAUAGAUGAAUCUUUAAAAGUUACGUUCAUACCUUGCCUUUCAAAUAUUUUCGCCUUAAAUAAUGUAAUCUGGAAGAAACUGUUCUACUUUUAUAUAAUCUUCAAGAAAUUAUUCGGUCUAGGUUCCUGGCCUGAAAGCAAUGAUGCCAGUGGUUCUGGUAGCGUUGUUAAUUGUUAUAGGUUUACCAUUUUGCUUACUCAACAUAAUCCACGUGCUUCGUGUCAAUACAUAAUAGGGAAACUUAGGAUGAAGUUGGCCGAUGGUAAAGAAAUCUUAAAAUAAACUUAACUUCUAACUUUUGAAUUCGUUAAUGCUCAGCCUUGGUGAUUAAAUAUUGUAUUUAAUUUAAUUAUUUUUUUCAGGUGAGAGCACAUUAUAUGAAACAACUAAUAAUUAUCACAGCAGUUCGUGUGUUACCUUUAAUCUUCAAUGUGGUGUCCAGUCCACACUCAAUAAUAUGAUAGUUAAUUUAUUUAAUCAAAUCGUUAUGGAAUCUUGUUUUCAUACUUUGCGUACAAAGGUAUAUUUAUGAAUACAUUAUAUAUUGAAACAAUAAUUUUUUCAUCGAGCCUUGAAUGUAUUAAUUUGUAUUUUAGGAACAACUUGGAUAUAUAGUUUUCAGUUUAGUGAUCGAAAGACAAGGAGUACUGAGUUUCCAAAUUAUCGUACAAUCUGAACGUUCUCCAAUGUAUGUUGAUACAAGAAUAGAAAGCUAUAUAGAUGGAGUUCAGGUUUAUUUUUUUUAUU